AUGUCAUCACCGUCAUCGCCUAUACCAUGUUCAAAAGAUGAAUUACCUUCUAUUCCUGGCUGUGACACUAUUAUUGACUUAUUAACAUUAAAGGGAGAUGAUCUGAAAAACAAGAUUCUUAAAUUAGUUCAAGUCCUUUUUCCUGAUUGGGCUGAAGAAGUACACGAUAUUCAAUUAGAUCGUGUUAGUGGUGCAAUGACAAAUGCUGUCUUUUUUGUUAACGCCAAUAACAAACCUCGUUUAUUAGUAAGGAUAUAUGGUAACGGUGUAGACCAAAUUAUAGAUCGGGGCAAUGAAUUAGCAUGGCUUGCACGACUCUCACAUUUAAAUAUUGGUCCUAGUUUGUUAGGUAUAUUUGGUAAUGGACGAUUUGAAGAAUAUUUGCCAUCAACAACAUUGACACAUCGUGACUUGCGCGAUCCCAAGACUUCAAAACAAAUCGCUUCCUGUCUCCGUGAGCUUCACGACAUUGUCACAGUUUAUCCUUAUGACAACAGUAAAUUAGAAAUUUGGAAUAAUAUUGAUAAAUGGCAUCGUCUUGUAAUGAAUUUAUUACCAGCUUUAUUAAAAAAAAGCGAUGGUUGGGCUAAAGUGCUCGAGGAGUAUAAUUUAGAACGUUUAGCAUCAGAAAUUGAAGAAUGCAAGAAAAUAUUAGAAUCAACUCAUUCCCCCAUUGUAUUUGCUCAUAAUGAUACGCAAUACGGCAAUAUACUUCGAUUAGAAAAGUCAAAUGAACUCGUUAUUGUCGAUUUUGAAUAUGCAGGAUACAAUCCUCGUGGUUUUGAUAUAGCCAAUCAUUUUUGUGAAUGGACUUAUGAUUAUCAUUCGGAUAAUCCAGCCGAAAUGAAAAUGGAUCAAUUUCCUACUUAUGAAGAACAAAUUCGCUUUUUAAAAGCUUACUUAGAUACACAAUCUAAACAUAACAAUUCUAACAUAAUUGAUAAUUCACUCACACCUGAACGUUUACAAAAGGAGACAUCCAUGUGGUUAAUGGCCACGCAUUUAUCUUGGGGUCUAUGGGGCUUAAUUCAAGCUAAUCAAAGUGAAAUAGAUUUUGAUUACUUUUUAUAUUCAAUGCAACGUUUAAAUGCUUUUAGAGAAGAAUUAGCAAAAUGGAGAAAAUAA